AUGGCAGGAGUUAUAGUGCAGGCUCUCCAUGCUUUGGCUGAAUCUCAAGCUACUGCACAAGCCUCUGCGCAAGCUGCUACUCAAGCUGCACAUAUUGCUGCUCAAGCUGUUGCUCAAGCUACUAGCUACAGUGGUGGCCGAGGAAAUGUGCAAAUAAAUGAAUUCAUGGUGAUGGAUGGAUUCCACAAGGCUAACCCUCCAUCGUUUGAAGGUCACUAUAAUCCUGAUGGAGCUCAAAAGUGGUUACAAGAAGUUGAAAAGAUUUUCAGAGGAGUGGCAUGUCCCGAAGGUCAGAAAGUGCAUCUUGGUACCUUUAUGUUGACGGAAGAAGCUGAACAUUGGUGGGAUAAUGCACGCCAACGUUUAGAGAAUGCAGGGACUGCAAUUACUUGGGCUAUAUUCAAGAACAUGUUUCUAAUUAAGUAUUUCCCUGAAGAUAUCCGUAAUAGAAAGGAGAUGGAAUUUGUUAAAUUGGAACAGGGGAAUAUGUCAGUAGUGGAGUAUGCUGCUAAGUUCGAGGAAUUAUCCAGGAUACUAUCCACUCUAUGUUGGAGAAGCAGGAGAAAAGUCUAA